UAAAAUUAGAAUACAAUAAAAUCUUGUCUUCCACUCCCUCAAAAUCAUGGUAGCCGAAUAAAAUGCUACUUUUGUGAUGGGUAUUAUUGCCUUAUCUCCACUCCAAAUACGCAUACUUUGUGCUUUAGGGUAGGUUAGAUUGGGCUUCUUUAAUCGUGGUUUCACUUACUGGAUGGUCGGUAUUCAGUGGGCAGACCAUAAAAAGAAAAAAAACCAUUUCUGGUCGUACAAUGUUUGACAUGAACAAUAAAGAUGUCAAUACUCUGUCAUCCAAUCCAAAUGAAUAUACAACUUGAGUUUUUUUCAAUUCAUGUCUGUCAUUUUCCAUUUUAAUAAAGCAUCAUUACUUAGAAUUUGUAAGUGGUCUGAACUGAACCCACUACUCAGAAAACUCAGUGGCCAUGGCUGCUGCUGCUUCUCUCUCCUAUCUCUCUCCCCCAACUGUCAUGAAUUUCAAUCAUAUUCACAGAAGUGAGUUGGGUUCACUUCACUCUUCAGUUCCCACUAAUCUUCACCAAAUCAGACCCCAGAGCUAUCGUAUCAGAUGCCAAUCAACUAGUACAGAUGAAGUGAAAACAAAAAGAAAUUUUUUAGAUAAUGCAAGCAACCUUCUUACCAAUUUCUUAAGUGGGGGAAGCUUAGGGGACAUGCCUAUAGCUGAAGGUGCUGUCACCGAUUUGUUUGAUAGACCCCUCUUCUUUUCUCUGUAUGAUUGGUUCAUAGAGCAUGGUGCUGUGUAUAAGCUUGCUUUUGGACCAAAAGCCUUUGUUGUAGUCUCAGAUCCUGUUGUUGCAAGACAUAUUCUCCGAGAAAAUGCAUUUUCAUUUGACAAGGGAGUUCUUGCUGAUAUACUAGAACCUAUAAUGGGAAAAGGACUUAUCCCUGCUGACCUUGACACGUGGAAACUGAGGAGAAGAGUCAUUGCUCCCGGAUUCCAUUCCUUGUACCUGGAAACUAUGGUCAAAAUAUUUACUUCUUGUUCAGAAAGAACAAUAUUGAAAAUCGAUAAGCUCCUAGAAAGAGAGAGCUUGCAAGGUGGACAAACUAUUGAGCUGGAUCUUGAAGCAGAGUUCUCAAGUUUAGCUCUAGAUAUUAUUGGGCUUGGUGUCUUUAACUAUGACUUUGGCUCUGUCACAAAAGAAUCGCCCGUGAUUAAGGCAGUGUAUGGGACCCUUUUUGAAGCAGAACACAGAUCAACCUUUUAUAUUCCAUAUUGGAAAGUUCCCUUCAUGAAGUGGAUAGUCCCCAGGCAGCGGAAGUUCCAGAAGGACCUAAAGGUCAUCAAUGAUUGUCUUGAUGGACUCAUCAGAAAUGCAAAAGACACGAGGCAGGAAACAGAUGUUGAAAAAUUACAACAAAGGGACUACUCAAAUCUGAAGGAUGCUAGUCUCCUGCGUUUCUUAGUUGAUAUGCGGGGAGCUGAUGUUGAUGACCGUCAGUUACGGGAUGACCUGAUGACUAUGCUUAUUGCUGGCCAUGAAACAACAGCUGCUGUUCUUACUUGGGCUGUUUUCCUGCUCGCUCAGAAUCCAUCGAAAAUGAAAAAGGCGCAAAAGGAGAUCGAUUCAGUACUUGGGCAGGAUGAACCAACGUUUGAAUCAGUUAAAAAAUUGGACUACAUAAGACUUAUUGUUGUAGAAUCCCUUAGAUUGUAUCCUCAACCACCUUUGCUUAUUAGACGCUCUCUCAAGUCAGAUAAAUUACCAGGAGGGUACAAUGGCAACAAAGACGGUUAUGCAAUUCCUCCAGGAACUGAUAUUUUUAUAUCUGUAUAUAAUCUCCAUAGAUCUCCGUAUUUUUGGGAUCGUCCUAAUGAAUUUGAACCAGAGAGAUUCUUAGUGCAAAAGAAGAAUGAAGAUGUUGAAGGAUGGGAUGGUUUCGACCCAUCUCGAAGCCCUGGAGCACUGUACCCAAAUGAGGUUAUUCACUCCUCCCUGCAUCUUUUUAGACGACUUUUAAUUCAUAUUCUGACUUGUCAAGUAACGAAUCUAUUGCUUCAAAAUUACCAGAUUAUAUCCGAUUUCGCCUUUUUACCCUUUGGUGGAGGACCAAGAAAAUGCGUUGGAGACCAAUUUGCACUAAUGGAGUCAACAGUAGCAUUGGCUAUGUUGUUACAGAAGUUUGAUGUGGAGCUGAAGGGGUCUCCCGAAUCUGUAGAACUGGUUACCGGUGCAACCAUCCAUACAAAGAAUGGUUUGUGGUGCAAAUUGAGAAAGAGGUCUCAUGAGACAUCAUAAAACUUAAGUUGUAUUGUACCACAAAGUCUAUUUUCAUUGUAACUUGGCAGUUAUGAAAUGCCAAUUAUAUAACUCUGUUUUGGAACAUGAGAGGAAAAAAGUCUAAACCAAAAUAAAAUAAAACCACUCAAUUCACCAUCA